CCUCGAAAAUCCAAAGCCUUCGCCGCCAUUUUUGUCAAUAAAGAAUGGAAGCGCCCGCGAUAAAAUCAGCGGAAAUCGUUCUGCGCACACUCAGUGGAAUGUAAAUAUUAGCCAAUCAGCGGUUUUUUAGCCGUGUCCAGGAAAAGUGCCAAACAAGCAUCUCUAGCUAGCUGGGUAGAAGACUCAUCAUGAAGUUUUCAUCCACUUCCCUCUACUAUUGGGAGGCAGAUGUCAAACCAUCAGAACUUAAGCAGACAUGGCAUGUUAGUUUUGCUUUCUGUUUGUGGUCAGCACAAUCACUCACACAAUCACAUGCUUGCUUCUACUUGCUAAAAGAAGCUAAAGGAUCAGAAUGUGGUCAUCUUCGUUUGGCUGGUUUUGCUUUUGGUAUUUUGUGCCAGAUUUUCAAGAUGUACAUUUAUGGAGAAAAUAUUGGCUUCAUAAUGAGUGAAAGCCGGCUUUCUUGGUUUUUUCUAGCUGUCUGCAGUUAUUUUACUGCACAAAAGUACUUGGACCCAGUUUUUCACGUUAACAGGCUUAUUUUUUUUGGUCUUGGUUUUGGUGCUUUUUGUUCUUUGUUGCCGAUUUACCUGGGGUAUAUAUUAAGAGCUGCCAUUUGCAAAGAGAUUGAAUAUUUUCAAGUAAUACUUAGUAGCGGUUACAUUGUAGCUGUCUUCUUGUUGGCUGGAGUAAUACGGAUGUUCUUGUCCUCAACAACUCACGGUCACCUCUACAAACCUAAAGAGCCUUCAUCAUAUGAGUGCUUCUAUCUUGGUUUAAUUGUUGUUUAUUCUUCCUUCCUUUACUUUACUAAUGAGGUUACAGUUUGCAUCCCCACUGUCAUGUUCAAAAAGAUUGGAGAUAUUGCAGUAUUUUUACAAUGUGUGAUUAUAAUAUGGUUUUCUGUUAUAAUGCUCUGUAUUAUAUGGGAAAUCAAAGCUGACAAGUACUUCUGUUCAGUCUUUAAUGCUACAUUCUACAAAUUCUUCAUCCAAACAAAUUUUAUCAGUAAAGUUAAUUUUGCUCUCAACCACAACCUGGGAGCAUAUAAUGUUUCUGAUGUGGACAAAUUUGUUCUAUCAUGUCGUUCUGUUGGAGCAUUAGUAGUAAAACAAAUCAAUGGUGAAGUGAUUGUAAAAGGCACCUGCUUCAGGGUGGGUCCAAACUAUGUCAUUUCAAAUCUGCAUGUCUAUAACAACAUAAUCAAUGCACAUCAGUUUACUGAAGGUAUUUAUGUUGAUUUUGAUUACACCAUUAAGAAUGGUAUUUCUCCCUCCUGUUGUACUAUUUUGAAGAUCAUAAUCGGAUCUGAGGAUCUUGAUUAUAUAAUAUUUGAGAUUGGAAAAUCUGAUGAUGUGGAAUUACCAAAAAGUGUAACGUCUAUAUUUAAAAUUCCAUCAUCUGUUGAACGUGCCAAUGAGGGUGUGUUUCAUUUCUGUGGGUAUCCUGAUAGAGCAGAUCAAAAAAAGGUAAAUCUAUUCUGUCCAGUGAGGAAUCCUGAAGAAUGCUUGGUGAUGUGUCUUAAAAAUGCAGAGCAGCAACUACUACAGGAUCCAAGAAGACAAUGCUAUGAUGUUAGCACCUUUUUUCAUGGAAGUUCAGGGUCUCCAGGGGUGUUACUAGAGUAUGGUGCCCUAAUGGUACUGCACUGCAGAGGGUUUUUCUUGAGUGAUAGCAACGGAAGUAUCAUUGAACAAGGAGUGUUAAUGUCUGCUAUUGUAGCAGAUGUUACAAAUGAACUUGGUUAUGACCGGGCAUUGGAAUUGUUCGAUUUAGAUGAAAAGAUGGAAUUAGACUGAACUUUCAUGGUCAAUAGACCUAAUCGGCUCACAAAUUGCUAUGUACGUUGCCACCUAAUUCAAAUCCUGUGGGAAAAAGAACUUUUGUUUCUAAGAAUUCAACUGUGAAAUGAAAUUACACCCCGUGGUCUGAAUUGGUUUGAAGACGAUUAGGUCUAUUUGCUUACUUUUAUAGACUUGCUGUCUAGCAGCUAGAUCUAGAUUUCAGUGAAACUACUACUACCAGAGCCACCUGACAAAUUAGUCUUGAACCAACCAUAUUGCAGGCUUUAUUUCAGCGAGUCUGUGUUUUUUUCACUGACCAAUCACAAUUCAAACUGAUAGAAGAGGAGCAUGGGAACACUACAAUUUGAUUGGAUAAGGUAUUAUCAGUGAUCAAUUAAUUCAUUGUUUCAGUUUUCUUAUUGGUCAAUUUUACUCAAGUGGACCCUGGUUGAAGUAGUUACACUGUACGUUUUCCACUUGAAAUGCAACAAUUUUCUAUAAUUGAAUUAGUAGAUAUUUAAAUGGGCAAUGGCUAGACUUUGCUUGGAGCCGGUCUAGAAUGGAGAAGUAAGGCGUCUCCUUCCCUCCACUAGUCUGGGUGUACACCUUGGGCAAGUGUUAGCACACCCUAAGCCUCCCUUGUUGGGUAACAACUUAUUAAUCAAGCUGUGCAGACUUUGUGAAAAAACAGUCUUAACUCAUUUGUACCUCAGUCAACACCAGCUGGCAAAACGGCACGAAACUUGUGGCUGUGCCUGACUUAUAUUGUAACAAUAUGAAUUGUAGAUAUAAGGAGUAUUAUAUUUAUAAUAUCAUUGUAUUUGGUAGAAAAGAAUGUGAAUAAAGUUAUGAAAUAACAUUAUCGCAGAAACCUAAGUUUAGUUCUUAAUAUUUUAGUAGUACUUUUAGUAGUACCUUAAGUACAAUCAGAAGAUUGCCAAACAAAAACAUUUUAUGUAUUAUGAAAGCUCCACCAACUAUAAUUUUAUUUGUUAAAUCUAUAUAUUUUUUUAAUUAAUUUUUUUAGAUGUAAUUUUGAAUUUCAUCUUAUUGUCAUAGUUCUAAAUUAAGACAAGAUUCCUAGUGAUAAGCUAAGUGCAUGCAUGUAGACUAAAAACAGCACAAAAAAUGUCUAAUAAAGCUAUUUUAAAAGUUU